AUGGCUUUAAGUCCUGGAGAUCCGAGCUCUUAUGCAAGACCAGAUCUUGCUGUUGUAACUCAUACUCAUUUAGAAUUAACUGUUGAUUUUGAUCGGAAAGUUCUUGAAGGCAAAGUAAUAUUAGACAUAGAAAGAACAUCUUCAGCUAAUGAAAUAAUUUUAGAUAAUCGCAAGCUUGUUAUAUCAAAUAUCACAAAUACUGUUGAUGGAUCUAGUUUAGAAUAUUCCAUAGAAGCUGAUGUUGAAUUUGGAAGUAAAUUGGUUGUUCAGUUACCACAGACUGUUAGAGAUGAUAAUACUAAGUAUAAGAUUGAAAUUAUAUAUGAAACAUCUCCAGAUGCUACUUCAUUACAAUGGCUAACAGCUGAGCAAACUGCUGGUGGUAUACAUCCUUAUCUGUUUUCUCAAUGUCAGGCUAUACAUGCUAGAUCCAUGUUUCCUUGCCAGGAUACACCAUCUGUCAAAUCUACAUAUUCUGCUAAGAUCUCUGUAUCAAAAGAACUUACGGUUGUAAUGUCAGCACUUUUGGAUAAAGUAUCAGAGAAUUCAGACAAAAAAACAUAUGAAUUCCAUCAGCCAGUACCGAUACCAUCUUAUUUAGUGGCUAUUGCCAUAGGUGCACUAGUGUCCAAACAAGUUGGUCCCAGAAGUAAAGUGUGGGCCGAAAAAGAAUAUAUUGAUCAAAGUGCUUAUGAAUUUGGAGAAACUGAAACAAUGCUGCAAUGUGCUGAACAAUUAUGUGGUCCUUAUAUUUGGGGCAUUUAUGACAUAUUAGUAUUACCACCGAGUUUCCCAUUUGGCGGAAUGGAAAAUCCUUGUCUAACAUUCGUGACACCGACUAUACUUGCCGGGGAUCGUUCUUUGGCCAAUGUCAUUGCUCACGAAAUCUCACAUAGCUGGACAGGAAAUUUAGUUACAAAUGCAAACUUUGAACAUUUUUGGUUGAACGAAGGUUUUACUAUGUUUAUAGAAAGAAAGAUUAAUGCAAAAAUGUUUAGUGAAAAAACAAGACAUUUUGAAGCAUUGCACGGUAUUGAAUGUUUAAGUGAAGAGAUGAAAAAUCUCGGUGAAACUAAUCAAUUAACGAACUUGGUGCCAAACUUGAUCGGUAUCGAUCCUGAUGACGCGUUUUCAAUUGUGCCUUAUGAAAAAGGACAUACAUUCCUGUUUUAUCUAGAGCAGCUUUUAGGUGGACCAGAAGUAUUCGAACCAUUUCUAAAAUCUUAUUUAAAUACAUACAAGUAUAAAAGUAUAAAGACUGAUAUUUGGAAAGAUUACUUGUAUCAAUAUUUUUCGGAAGAAGUUAAGUUGUUAAAUUCUGUCGAUUGGGAUACAUGGCUCUAUAAGCCAGGUAUGCCACCAGUGAUACCUGAUUAUGACAAAACUUUAACAAACGCAUGUACCGAAUUAGCGAAACGAUGGAUCCAAUGGGAUGAAAGUACUGUUUCACCUUUCACCAAAUUGGAUAUAGAAAGUUUCUCUCCUGGCCAGAAAGUAACAUUUUUAACCAAUUUACAUAAAUCACCUGAUGUUUUAUCACUUGAUAAGAUACAGUUGAUCACAGCCACUUAUCAAUUGGAUUUAGUGAAGAAUUCUGAAAUACGAUUUGUUUGGUUGCGCUUGUGCAUCAAAAGUCGAUGGGAGCCAAAAGUUUCUGACGCUUUGGAAUUUGCUACCGAACAAGGACGCAUGAAAUUUGUUCGUCCUAUAUUUCGAGAUUUAUACGAGUGGCAAGAAAUGCGUCAGCGAGCAAUCGAUGUAUACUUGGAAAAGAAAAAUAAGAUGAUGUACGUGACUGCACACAUGUUGGCAAAGGAUCUUCACUUGAAUGAUUGAAACGAGAUAAAUAUGAUAUUUUAUAAAAUAAUAUGCGAUACUAAUUUCCUAUAUAACUAUAAGAAUGCAUCCCAAUGUUCUUUUUUCUUAAAAUGUAAAUAUGAAAAUUGAAAUAAAAUAUAACUUGCUUGUA